ACGUGACAGCGGCGCAAAACACGGAAGUGUUUCUCGUCAGUCCGUGAUGGCGGAGCUACAGGGGAGGGUCUUAGAUCUGUUCGCGGCUCAGGCCACCCGGCCCCGCCGAACCACCGAGGUCGCCGGCAACCUGGGGAUCACCAAGAAGGAGGCGAGCACGGCUCUGUACGCGCUGCAGCGGCAGGGCGCCGUGGAACGCGUGCAGCAGUCCCCGCCGACUUGGCGCCUCUUGCCCAUGGGGCCCCCACAACAACAGCCACCACCGCCGCCACAGCAGCGGUACCCCAUCCAGCAGCAGGCCGGCAACUACGGGGGUUACCCGCCUCCCGCAUCGGCAGGCUACCAGCCACGGCCACAGAGAAACAAGGUGCCACGAGGAGGCAAGGGCAAGGUGGUUCGGCAUCAGGGUCCUUGUGGCCCCGUUGCGCCUCACCCGGCGAUGCCUAAUGGAGGGUACUUCUUCCGUCCGUCAUACGCGCAGGCGACCGGAAAUGGGCCGGCUUUGUGGAUGAAUGGGCAAAAUGGCAGGGACGAGCCAAUGGAAGAAGACGAACAAUUUUCUUCGUCUGACAGCUUAGACGAGGAGCAGGGUCCUGAGAAUGGCUACACGCAGGAGAGGUGGGAUGCGAUCAUCUCCUUCUUGGUGCAGUUCCAGGAGCCGAAGGACCCCACCGAGAUUGCCAACCACCUUGGUCUGGCCAGCCGCAAGCAAGUCAACCCCACCCUGUAUGCUAUGCAAAAACGGGGCCUCUUAGUCAAGGUCUCAGAGACACCCCCACGCUGGGGGCUUGUUCCAGGCGUCACAGCAAUACCCAACCACCUCAACCACCCUGGACCCAACCGAAUGCAGGAGCGUGAACCCGAGUACGAAUACUACGAUGCUCGCAGCGACUUCCAGAACGGAGACAGAAUAGACUCGGUGAGAUACGAGCAACCUAUGUAUUACCCCAACGAGCAGCGCAUGAGUCCAGGCGUGAAGAACGAAAGACAGACGCCCUCACCAAAGUAUCAAAACGGUCCCAUUCCUGGCCCGAGCGCCCCUCCCCCUUCUGUGGCACCCAACUGGCAGGUGAAGUCAGAACCAAUGGACAUCGACCAUAACCAGAAUCUGGCCUCCAUGCCUCAACAGGUUCAGGAAGGCGUGAAUGUCCAGGGAGCAAAUGGGAUGCCACCUUCGCCCCCUGCAGUAUCCCAGGCUGCAAAUCCCGCCCCAUCUUCGUCCCAGUUUGCAGCAGGGUCUCUAGAAGACAGGCUGCUGGCGGCCCUCUCCAGAGCAGACAGCCCAAUCAACUCCAACGAUUUAGCCAAGAUGGUCGGUUUCCGCACGAAGAAGGAAAUCAACCCAACACUCUUUGCUAUGCAACGGAAGGGCCUGGUGAAAAAGGUGAAUGAUGUGCCGCCCCUGUGGCAAGUCGUGGAAGCAGCACGUCUCACCAACCUCCCGCCCUCCCCAGUUUCCAUGGAGGCAGGGGACACGCCCUUGGAAACCUCUGCAGCUACCAACGGCUCUCGAAGUUCUCCGUCUUCCUUCACUGUGGACACCGCGCUGCAGAUGCUGGGAGCCCCGGCACAGCCAAGCGUCCAGCCCGCAGAACGGGAUCUCGCUUUGGAAACCCUCAUCGAGCUUGCAAAACGAGAGAACCAGAAGACGACCUCACUUGACCUUGCAAAGGCCCUGGGCUUCCAGACUAAGAAGGACAUCAACCCCACACUGUACGCACUCCAGAAUAAGGGCUUCGUCGCUAAGAUUAACGACUGUCCACCCUGCUGGACCAUCCUCGCUGCAGGAAAAGCACACAUGUCACAAAGAAGCAUCAUGGAAAACACAGCCAGCGGCGCACCUGCUCCUAAUUUCCAAGACGGACGUUCCAUGAAUGGUACUGGUCAGUUUGCCGUCCCUCCUAGCCCAACCGGGAUCAUCCAGCAAAACUCAGCAUUCCAAGCUAACCCUAACCAGCCAGGACAAGGUGGUGACGCCGCCACUACGCCAGUCGAGCGACAAGCCGCCCCGGUUCUCAACAACGAGACCUUUGCUGCUCUGAACAAGAAUCCCAUCAGCGCUCUGAUGGAGUAUGCACAGUCCCGGCACGUCAAGGCAUCCAUCGAAGUGAUCGCAGAAACUGGACCUCCUCAUAAUCCAAGAUUCACCAUGGCAGCUGUGGUGGGAGGGCGCCAGUUCCCAGCAGUCAUUGCAAAAGCCAAGAAAGACGGGAAGCGGGAGGCGGCGGACGUGGCGCUGCGUACCCUGAUCAGUGAAGGUCACCUUCAGCUGCCACAGAAGCCCCCCACCCCCAAGAACAACGGUUCUUCACAGCCCGCCCCCACUGAGCCAACCCACUUCGACCGCAUCGCGUCGGUCAGCCAUCAGGUCUUCAACAACAUCGUGCUGAACCUUCAGGAGAGUAUCUCCGGACGGAAGGUGCUGGCUGCCAUGGUGAUGCUGCGCGGCGACGAAGACCAAGGGACUGUCAUUAGCAUAGGCACAGGUAAUCGAUGUAUCACAGGGGAGCACCUCAGUCUGGAGGGACAGACUGUUAACGACUCCCACGCAGAAAUCAUUGCAAGGAGGGGCCUGCUCAGAUAUCUGUACCAGCAGCUGCUGACGUACUAUGACGACCCAGAGAACUCCAUCUUCCAGGAGUGUGACGAAGACUCCAAGCAGCACUUCAAGCUUAAACCAGACGUGACCUUUCACCUCUACAUCAGCACGGCGCCCUGCGGCGAUGGCGCGCUGUUCUCGCUGCACGACACGGAACAGGUGUCGGAAGUGGAGGAGCCACUGGAGAUGUCCGACAACAUCCAGCACACGCCCAUCUUCUCCGACCCCGGGAAACAAGGCUUACUCCGGACAAAGAUGGAGCAAGGUGAAGGAACUAUCCCCAUCGACCCCGACACGCCCAUCCAGACCUGGGACGGUGUCCUGCGCGGGGAGCGUCUCCGCACCAUGUCCUGCAGCGACAAGAUCGCCCGCUGGAACGUGGUCGGCCUCCAGGGGGCGCUGCUGUCCCACUUCCUGGAGCCUGUGUACCUGAGCUCUGUCACACUGGGCAUGAUGUACAUCCAUGGCCAUUUGACGCGCGCUGUGUGCUGCCGCUGGGCACGCGGAGAUGUUGAGAUCCAGUCCCUCCUGCCGCCCAACUACAAACUCAACCAUCCACAGGUUGGUCGGGUAAUGACCUUUAGCCCCCCUCGGGAGACCGAGAAGACAAAACCCCUUUCCAUCAACUGGUGCCUGGGGCAGGACAUUGCGGAGGUCAUCGACAGCACCAAGGGCAAAUGUGUGGAGAGGUAUGGCUGCCAUCCUGUAUCCAAGGUUUCCAAAUCCUCCCUCUACGUCCUCUUCCGCACUCUGUGCUCCAAGAUGAAUCGUGACGACCUCCUGACCGCGAAGACCUAUCAUCAGGCCAAGCUGAUGGCCAAGGAGUUUCAGAAGGCCAAGGCUGCUCUCUUCGAAGUCUGCGAAAAGAACGGCUAUGGCAAGUGGAUGCAAAAGCCUCCCGAGGAAGAGAUGUUCCAAAUGGACGAUUCCAAUGACCUGAAGUGAACACCUGCAGUUAAGUUGACCAAUAGGGUGGUGGCUUACAAUAGUGUAUAUACUGGGUCCUUUCAUAGCCUCCUACCUAUAAGCUUUGACUAUGAUAUAAAAAAAAAGUAUGUAUGCGUGACUGUAUAUAUGCAUGUUGGUAUAUCAUAACUAACAACACAAACCAUCAAAUCACCGUAAAUUGCACAAACAUUGUAACCAAGACUUAGAGUAGAGAAAUGGCCUAGUGCGGAAUGAAGCAAUGACUUUGUGCAAUGUCGGCAAAUGGUUUUCGUUAUGGUGCUCAAGAAUUGUAAUAAGAAGAGAAUGAUUUUGGACAAGCUGAUGGGGUCCUGUCUAAAACAGGUGGAUGUUACAAUUACGACAGAUGUGGGGAUGCCUUUGCCAUAGAAAGUAUUCAGGCAAUAACACUAUAUGGGGCAGUAGAACUGUUCCACGAGCUUUGACCUAAGCUGCACCCAGAUAUAGUAUAAUAAACAGCUAUCCUCACAGCUAGGCAUCAGCAUGUCUAAAUCUAGUGUUAUUAGACAAUUUACAGGCCUCUUGUAUUCUUGGAGGUAACAAAGACAUGCCACCAAUGUAAAAGCCAUGUUGAUGUAUUGACGGAAGCUGGUGAGGUGAUUACAUGACACGAAAAAAAACGUUCCAUGUGUGUAUGACGUGCCAGGAAAACGUGACAAUUUUGGACGAGAUCUGGGGAAUUCCUCUACAAUUCCGGUCAAAGUUAUUGAACUACAUAGGAUGCUAAGUUGACUGAUGGCACAAGGAAAGGCAUUAAAACUUAAAGACUUGCCAGUCUGGAGGAAGGAAGAGAUACAAGUGAAGAUAACAGUAACAGUGUAGCUCCCAAAGAACAUUGGAACAAAAGUAACGAAUAAAAGACCUUCCCUUCUGGAAAAGGGAAGAGAGGUAGCAUCUACCUAAACAUGUUUAGAGGUGACUAGAAGAUACAAGUACUUAAAGCUUUCCAAAAAGACCUACUGGAACUUAAGGAAACCUCUCUAGUGUUAGAAGCAGAACAAGCAAGAUGGCUUUCAAGGAAGAUGGGGGUAGGAAGAUCUUGAGACUAAGAGAGAGAGAAAAAGAGUUGAAGACAACCACAAAAACUUGUGGGAAAAUCUUUAUUUUGAUAGCAUAUUUACUGUUUAUCAAUGUGUUUGUGAUGUUCAACCCAUGAUGUAAUGUGAUAGUUUGCCCUGAAGGGGCAAUUUUGUGUGUGUGUUGCGUUACCUGUUACCCCAUCCCUAGCUAAGAUUACCUCUCGUUGUCGUGAAUUGUUGGUUGCACUACUUUCUGGAGACAAAUCAGGCGAACGAGCAGAAAAGGUUGAUCGUAAAAAAUUUUCUUCCAUGGCGAAGAAUAUUCUUAACUUGUUAUGUUCAAGGUCAAAUCUAGGGUUGAAGGUCAUUAUUUCUGCUUCGAGGUAUAGAAUCGCAGUGACGAUGACCUAAUACUGUAGAGUGCUGUGAUGUGACAUUGAUAACUCUUCUGACAGCUAACCAUGUACUCCUGAAAAUACCUAACAUAUACUUAGCUGACAUUGCCUCAGAAUCCUGAAGCCAUUCAGUACUUCUAUAGACUUCUUAUUUCCCAAUAAUGAGACAUCGCUAUUUUGCUAUCCAAAAAGACAAUCUGCUGUGGAAAAGUUAUGUACAUAUACCGUGCUUCUAGCACAACAUGAAAUUGCUAACUAUGGCACUGGUUUCAACAUAAAUGCAUGUAGGUGCACUUGUACAAUUGUUUGUUUGAAAUAACUCAAAUAUGCUGAUUUCAGCCAACAUACUAUAUGCAGUUAGACCUUGCCUUGGUGAUGACUUCUUCCCACAUACAAAAGCACCCCUGUCCCUAGUGCUGAACUUUAUGUAGUUAUUCUCAAGUCCAUAAUUGCAGUUUAGUGUAGACUGUAGCAGCUUUUAUCAACUCAAAUUCAUCUUUAUUCUAGCUUACUCCCUUUAUAUCAUUGCCUUCUAUGCUAUUUCAGAAGAAGAAUCUGUCAAAUUUUACAUAGAUUGUUAUCAAAUUUUCUUACAUAAAAUAAUGUUAUCUUCAAGCAGAUGUCAGGAUGGUAAAUUGUCAUGUUUUCAGACUGCCCCCUUUUUCUCAGACAGAAACAUCGAAUGUCAGAAAAAUGGAGAAGUCACAAAACACGGUUUUCUUACCCAACAUCUGCUUGAAGAUGCCUUUGUUGCAUUUUUGGCAAUUUAGCAGAUAUCAAGUCUAUAUCUAUGUACUUGUUGGUUCCACCCUGAGCUGAGGCAAUGUCAGACUACUGGCCCUGUUUACAGUUGUGGGUGUGUGAUCGUAGUGGGUGUUUCUGUGUAGCCAAAAAAAGUGCAGUCAAUGUCUACUUGCCCGGCGCAAGUACCAAAUGUGAUCUGAACUUGUUUGUGUGUAACAAGCAACUUAAGGAACGCCUGGGCAGACGCCAGAGAAAUUGGUCGACCGACGCCCAGGGCCACCUGCUGCUAGACUCAUCUUCAGGAAAAGGUUAAAGGUCGAUUAGGGAGUGGGAACCAAUCAGAGCACAGCAUUUCCUAAUGCAGAUAUUGAAGCCCAUCUAUUAUAUGCAUGUGAGCAAGAGCUAAGAUUUUGGAGCAAGACUUCACCCCUUCCCCCUCCUCCAAAUGUUAAAGAAAUACUUUGCAUGCAGAUAAAUUAUCAAGACACAAGUUGUUUUGUUGUUUGUUCCAUGAACAAGCUUCUCUCCAUGCAAAAAAAAAUGAAGUAAGCCAUAAUGCAUCAUCAGCUACCUUUUUAACCUCAAUCAUUUUCGAAGCAACAAAACAUCAUAAUAAUAGAGCCUAUCAUUUGAUAAUAGAAACUAUCAUUUGGUUCAAUCUCAUUUCCCAUCACUGGAUGCACUGUUUCUUAUUGUCAUUAUUUUAUUCAUUUUGUACUCUUCAAGUACAAUCCUUUAUCAUUUUCUGCAGAGAUGAUUGAUUUGUUUCAGUAAAAUAUAAAAUUUGAGCAAGGACAACUCAUUUGUUAGGCAACCAUGUCGUGUUGAUGAACAAAACCCAAAAGUUGAGGCAACAUCUCAAUCAAUUUAUCCAUCUCUGCUUCCCACCUACCUCAAAUACAUGAUUGACAGGAGUGAUGGACAGUCUCUGCAGCUGUUUCCAUAGCAAUGGGCUCAACCAUUUGUGGCAUUGGAAGAGGGGGAAGAAAGCCCUGAGACAAAAUUGUGGGUUCUUAGGUUCCUUGACUCCCUGUAUUUUCACCACCUGAAGCCCAGAGUUCCCGAAUGUGUCAAAAACUGUGGUAUGAACAUGAGACUAUCACGACUUUUGAAGUGCCUCAUAAAGCAGAAAUAAUGACCUGCCUAUAUUUUAUAUGAUUUCUUGUAUGAUAUGUAAAUACUGAUCCCGUAGGGUAGAGAUACGAAGACGUAGACGUAGUGUCAGGACUGUAGGAUGAAGUUCAACAUAUCAAGGUAGCAUGCAGACGACAUAUCAAUAUCUUAAUAUGACGUUAGGAAUAAGGAUACUGAUAAGAUAGACUUAAAUAUAUGCAAGCCUAGCCCUUGGGCGUUUUAAUUCAACACCCGUAAUUAGUUCCAAACGAGACUGGUGGAAACAAAGGACAAAUGGAAAAACCAGACGCAAAGUGCCCAUCCUGCUGGGCUGCAUUGGUGCUGUUGCCGGGUGGCGGCUGCUGGGCAAUAGUUGCCAGGUGAUAGUUGCUAGACAACAGUUGCUUCGGUGUAGCUUGUUGGACAUACAGGAAGCAUUAUCAGUUCUAUCAUAUGCAAAGUGCAUUUUGAUUAUUUACAAAUGAUCUUGGAAAAAAAGAAAAAUAUUCUGUUAUUUUGUUGUUAAUGGGUGAGCACACAUUUUAGUUUAUCAAAAUGAAAAUCUUUUAGACAAUAUAGGGUAGGGAAAUAUUUGUUGUAUUUUUGAGUGACACCAGCAUUAAGCAACAAUUUUCAAGCAAUGGCCUGUAUGUAAAAAUAUGUACAUGUACAAAGUUGUUUAAACCAGUUUUGAAACAAAACAUUUUUAGUCUUUUAGAUACUCAUGAAUACAUGCAUGAGUCUACCUCUAAAUCAAAUGUAGCAGGCUUGCUACUGUUCAUUUUGCAAAUGAUAAAACUGAUAAGACAUAAAAAGCAACUUUGUGAUUCAGCAAAAUUUUCAACCUGUUCCUAUACUGUUCAAAUUGUCAACUCAUGGACAAGGGCUGUGCAAAAGAGCCACCUGGCAGUUCCAUUGUAGACUGCACCUCGAACCCAGUCAGGUUUCCACCAUGUACGUGUUACCAGUAGAGCCUCUACGGUAUAUGGGUUGUUGAAUUAAAGUGCCUCAUGAUAUACAAAUAAUUAAAAUGCCUUCAUGUUAGAUAAGAUAAGGAGUCAUGUAGAACAAAAUAACAGGAUAAGGACAACUUCUCACUUUAAGAUAUUGUAUAAGGAGUAAGAUAUCACCAAGUAGGAACUGCGCACUCAUAUUAAGUGAUAGAAACCUAGCACACUUGAGAAUUAGGAACGCCACAAAGACGAGGUUUGGUCUGUACACCACAAGGGCUUGUGGUUUCGUCUAACUUUGGCUGACACUCCCUGGCAUGAUGUUGCUUGCUUGAACUAAUUGAGUGACAUUUCCAAGACACAAGUGUCCAUACAAAACUUCUUGCAACAAAAGUAAUCAAUGAAUUUCAGAGAAAUUAUGUUCAUGAAGACAAUAAACUCCUAGGAGAGAAGUGACAACAUUUUGUAAUGACUAUAUGGGGAAGAAUUGCAUAAAAUCUGGACCUAGCAAUAAGAUGCUGUUGCCAGGUGAAGCCAAAGUUAGAAUGAAGACAGCAAAUACUCUCAGCACCCUUUGUCAUAUAGUCCAGGAAAUACUGUAUACACCUUAUAUAUCGUAAGGAUACUUCUCACAAUAGAAGCAGCCAGACGUAUAUAAAACAAUAUACUCUGUGAAACAGGAAGCAAUGUUACCAGAAACUCAUGUGUGGAAGUGCUGCUGGCUGAGAACCUGUCCUUUUGAACAAUCUGUGAAAACAUCUUGAAAUCACCUGAAGACAUAGAUACAUUGUAUCUUGUUUUUGGCGAUGCCUCAGGGCUGGAGGUUUUUUCUCUCCUAGCUUUUCAAGCUUCUGCCCUGAUGACGUGAACUUCAGGUGUUUCAUUGAGGUUCAAGUGAUAAGACAGUUCUUUUCUCAAGUCAGCAUGCACUAAGACACUUUGCAAGAUGGCCAGAGCUUCUUAAACCCCCUCUACAUCAAUUAUUAAAGAAAAACUGUUAAAAGGUCAAAAUUCCCCAUCUGAAAGGUUUUUAGAAGGUUAUGACUUUGUUUAACGUAAAGUAGCAACAAAUUGUCUUAGUCAAGGUACAAAAUGUUGCUGAUGGGUGGUGGAUGGAAAUAUUGAUUCAUACUCAAUCUGGUGUAGCAUGCCAGAACAUACCCCUGGUCAGAAUGUACUCGGGUAUAUUCUGUCAGGGGGGGUGUUUUGGCCUGCUACACUGGAAACACAGAAUAAUUUUUUCAGUCAUUUCUAAACCCUUCUAAUUGACAUUUACGGGGUUUACUCAGCUCCAAUGGGCUUGUAGCCAUCUACGGUACAAAGCAGACAUCCCAAACUGGAUAACAGACAACGUGCAAUACGUACUAACAUGCCAAACGAUAACGUGUGUAUAGAGGCAUGGCACCUGCUACCUUGAUCCUGACUAGCUACUCUAUGUACAUAGCUUACAUAAUAAACUAGUCAUGUAUAACCUAGAUAAGGCGUCCGUACUUACAACUCGAGCUCUAACAACAGUAGAUAUGUUGCAUUUGCAUUUCUGAUUUCUAAUGGUUCGACAUUCCAGUUAGUUGUGUUACAGUUGAGGUAAUAGGACAAUGAUUUGGUUGAAGAUUUAAAUCUUGUGGACAAGAAUUGUUGCAUAGUUAGAAGAUGAUUUGAUUUUAAUCUUAGUGUUUUUAGUGCGUUUAUUCAGUGAAUCUGUGAAUCUAUGAUUGGUUAAAGAGAAGCAUACAACAGUCUCUGCUGUGACUGAAAAUAACAAUUGUGUACUAACUAAGCUAUGAGUGUAUUUCUCAUGUAGAGUUUGAAACCUGACUAGGUAAGAAAUGCCAAGGCAUUCCAGUACUUCAGAAUCACCUUUUUUCAGGUUAUUGCUUGCCAAUCUCAAGACAAUCUUGCAAACAGGUUUAAUGUUAUAUGUAAAACUUCUUGUUAUUGGACAUAUGAUUGAUGAUAGUCCAGAUUUUACUUAGACAAUUAUACAUCAUAUUUGUGAAAAAGACUUAUAAUAUAUAGAAUUAUUAUUUUGCUAUUUAGUAUGAAAUAUAUGUAAGACAUGUAUUUUGUAAAUGAUUCUGCUAUUAUGAGAAUUUCUAUGAUUUAGUAUCAAAUGUGACCGAAGUUGACAUGUACAAAAGUUUUUGGUUUGUAGUAUGCGAAGAUGGCUUCCAUAAUGUAUAUGAACUAACAUCUUACAUAGCCUCUUUGGAUGAAGGAUUUGAUUACAAACAUCAAAAAUAUUUGCGUCGUUAUUGUUUCUGUUUGAUACAUCUCUGCAUGGACACUGCAAGAUAAUGCAUAGUCCAGUUUUACUGUGUUCUGUAAUUUUCUUUCACUUUGCUAGACAUGAUGUUUGUACCUUGUUUGUUUGCAAAGCAAAUCUACCAAUAAAGUCUUCUCAAAACUU